AUGACCCCCUCGUUCGACGCACAAUGUCCCAAUCCAGUAUCGGCGAACCGCCGCGCGCCCGGCAUAGCGGCGCUGGUUGUUGCCCUACUCCUAACUUCCGCUCUCCCGGCGCCCGUCACUAGCAUGAUCGGCUCCUCCCAAGAGGGAGAAGGCGUGCAGUCUUCGUCGGUCUACAUCGUCACUCUGCGCUCCGCACAGCCCGUGCUCUCCUACCAAGGAGGCAUCGCCGGAAUCCCCGCCACUGCGCCCCGCGCGCAGUCUGGCGCGGUCAAGGCAGCGCUCAACGGCAUGCGCAACUUCUUCCGCCGUCACCACCUGCUCCCGCGCCCGCAGCUGCGGACGCGCGCGGCAAAGCAGCUUGAAGUGUAUCUGCGAAAGCAGCAGCGCUACAUCGCGGAGACUGUGGGGGUUCCGCAAAAGAACAUCCUGCACAGCUAUCAGUAUCUACGCCACGGCUUCGCGGCGCGUCUUUCCCCCGCACAAGUGCGGCGACUGCAGCGCCACCCCGCCGUGGGGCGAGUGCGCGCGAGCGUGCGGCUCUACCCCGCCACCACGCACUCGCCCGCCUUCCUCAAACUCCCCUCCUCGCUCUGGAACGCGUCGGGAGGCGCACAAGGCGAGGGCGCGGGAGAGGGCGUGGUGAUCGGCUUGAUCGACAGCGGCAUUUGGCCCGAACACCCGUCGUUCAACAACCCUUCUAAGACGUUUGGCGCGCCGCCGCCAAAGUGGGCGGGGAAGUGCGAGGACACGGGCGACUUCGAGGCGGCGAAGGCGUGCGGCGGGAAGAUUGUGGGCGCGCGGUCAUUCUGGGACGCGGUGGUGGGAAGCGACGGGGAGAUCGACCAGACGACGGACUUCAUGUCCCCGCGCGACUCCAAAGGGCACGGCUCCUGGUGCGCCGGAGCGGCGGCCGGCAACGGCGGCGUGCAGGUGACCGCGUCUAACGGGCAGGACCUCGGCUUAGCGAGCGGCAUGGCGCCGCGCGCGCGUCUCGCGGUGUACAAGGUGCUGUGGCGGCUGUCGGGCGGCGAGGAGGUGGCGGCGCUGGCGGACGUGCAGGCGGCGGUGGAGCAGGCGGUGUUGGACGGCGUGGAUGUGAUCUCCAUCUCGCUCGCGGGGAUCUACGAGAACAGCGAUUACUUCGAUGACGUGGACUACUUGAACGCGAUCAAGGCGGGCGUGGUGAUUGUGGUGGCGGCGGGCAAUGCGGGCCGGCCGCCCAGCGCGUGGAGCUACCGCACGCUCAGCAACUUCUCGCCCUACUACCUCACCGUGGGGGCAAGCUCCAUAGGGCGGCGCUACACCACGGCGCUCACCCUCAGCAACGGCUUCACAGUGUUGGGGGCGGGCAUGGGCGGCAACAAGGACACGGCGGACGGCGCGCCCAUCAUUCUGGGCCGCAAGGGGCUGCUGGCAAACCAUGACAACAUCGAGGGCGACUACUGCUACCCGUCGUCACUGGACGCGAGCAAGGUAGCGGGCAAGAUGGUAAUCUGCAUCAACGGCAAGUCGUGGGUGCGGGAGAAGGUGAAGGAGGUGGUGGGCGCGGGCGGAGUGGCCAUGGUGCUGGUGAACGAUGAGCAGGGCGAGCCGUACGUGCGCGACAACUACGACUCGCCCAUCCCCGUGCUGCACCUCACUGCCGCUGAUGGGGCCAGGCUGCGGAGGGCCAUGAAGCCACUCAGAAAUCCCACUGCAGUGCUCCCUGAAACCUUCACCAUCGCCACUCUUCCUGGAGCCCCUGUCAUCGCUUCCUUUUCCUCCGCCGGCCCUGUGCAAGUCCCCUCCAUAACCCCCUCGCACGCACUCCCCACCAACGACAUCCUCAAACCGGACAUCGUCGCGCCGGGGCUGAGCCUCUGGGCCGCAAGCAUCGGCAGCAUUGAGGACCCAGGGGUGGUGAGCUUCGGGCUAGCUUCGGGAACGUCCAUGGCAACGCCGCACGCGGCGGGCGUGGCAGCGCUGGUGGUGCAGCGCAAUCCGACGUGGAGUCCGGCGCAGGUGAUGUCCGCCAUGAUGACCAGCGCCGCCACCACCAACGACCUCGGCAAGCCCAUCGUUCUCGAGAAUGGUGUGACCGCCACGCCAUGGGAGAUGGGCGCGGGGCAGCUCAACCCGCCCGGCCUGCUGGAUCCCGGCCUGACCUACGACAUGAGCACUCAGGACCUCCUGAAUUUUCUGGCUGGGCAAAAUGGAACGGCUGCGUUAAGAUUGUUCAAGGAGUCCACAUUCAAUGCGACCCCCGCGUACAAUCUCAACCGCCCGUCCAUCUCUCCGCGCCGAAAUGUGUGCACUUCCUCGCGUCACUAA